CGCGUAAAUCACAUUAGCAGUAGUGCAGCAUUGCAAGGAGGCUCAACAGGAUAACGGUGGCUAAACCAAAACCAAACCAAACCGAACCACAAACUCAGACAUUCAGCUUUGGUUUGCAUCCUUUGAAGAACACACGAUUUGUUCUAGUCCUUUCAAUUUUUGAGGGUUAUCUGAAAAUCACCAACCAUGUCGAUCCGGGCAGACAUUGCAAGCAAGCCAGCCACCCACUACGCUCCUUCUGAUUGGCACACAAACAACCACCUCCUAGCCACAAACGCAGAAAAGCUGCGCGACGGCUCGCACAACACACGCCAGACCUCACAUCAGCUCCGCAAUGACACCUACAACCGCACAGCAUGGGGUAUUCACGACAGCACCACGAGGUUGACCAACAGAAUCACCGACAUCGAAAAGUGGAGGGAGACCCUCGAGAAGACCCUAGCCGACACCGACGAGGAGAUCGCAAGAUUAUCCCGUGAUAAAGAUGAGGCGGAGAGAGCACUUGAAGCUAAAGCACUACCCCUCGAUGUUGCAACUGAAUGUGUGACACUUCGAGAUGGGCGCAGAAAAAUUGACAUUGUUGAUGACGACGCCAGUGCUCAGCUUAACAAGGAAGUGGAAGUGAUUGAAGGUAUCAAAGAGGCCCUACAGGCCAAAGUAGCCUCUGCUUUUGAGCAGCUCUGUCUACUCCAAGAAGCUCGUCAGCAACUCGCUGCUGAUCUACGAGACAAGACAGAAGCCAAGCAAAUUGAUACAUACUGCCAGGACCUAAGCAUCGACUCACCCGAUAUCUGCCUGCAGCCUAACUCCACACGCACACCCAAAGGGAGUGUCACACCACAGACAUGGCAAGACUUCAGCCAGUACAACACAGACCGCGCCAACGCCGAGAUCCGUUCCUCUACUCACCUGCGCGAGGCCAUCAAUAGCACCAUCAAGCAGACCGAUAAUGACCUGGAGGCUCAGCGUCAAGCAUCAGAGUUUGCUCUCCGGAAACGCAUCCAUGAGAUGGAACAGGCUAAGGAUGAGGACGAGUGGCAGAAGAAAAAUACCGAGGAAGAGAUUGCUAAACAGGAGAAGAACAUCCGCGAUCUUGAGCGUGCAAUCCAGGACAAAGAGCGCCCUCUCAUGCUUGCCAUGACCCGUCUAGAGAACCGUACCUACCGCCCUAACGUAGAGUUGUGUCGAGAUAACGCCCAGUAUGGCCUGGUUGGAGAAGUGAACGAGAUCCAAGAUUCUAUCAAGGCAUUGAAGAAUAAGCUUCAAGACGCACACAACAUCCGUGAUGCCAACGAGAAGCAACUGUAUCGCAUCAACCAGGACCUUGUCCUCAAGAAUAACUCACUGGAUCUUGACAACAAAUGCAUGGCUGUCCGACAGAAGCUGACCACCGGGCCAGUCACAGACACUCAGAAGAACCUCGGCACAUUCCGCACCGAUCGGGAAGUUUACACUGCCAUGAACGCAUUGAAAUAUUGAGGGUCUUGUUUGGUUCAAAGGGUUGGGGAAGGGGGGGGGGGGGACAUUUCAGUAUUACAUACACUGUAGGAAGGGUAUAUCAUUCAAUUUAUGAAGCAAUUUCUGAGCAAUGAUGUUAUGAACAGAGGGCUUGCAGGCCUGGAAUUUCAUAUUGGAGUGCUCGGCCAUUUCCAUUUUUUAAAAAGAACAAGAGCAGCGGAGGCCAUAGCCUCUGUGAAAUUCCAGGACUGGGCUUGUCUCUUUGAUUAAAGGCCCGGUCCCACUGCAACGAUAACUACGCCAAGAGAAUGCAUUCUAUUGGUUGAA